AUUUCCUGAGUCAUUGCUGCCGCUGUUUAUUAAACGAAAUAACUAGAGUAUCUUCAGUAGGUUGCAAUACAUUUACCUGGGCAUUUAGCUAUAUUUCAGAAUGGACGGGUCGGUGUCCAAUGUAGAGGUGUGUAACUUUGCUUACACGGGACAGUUUGAGAAAUUAAAACAGUGCAUCCUGUCAGAUAAAACGCUCGCCUGCAAAACAGAUCAGGACCGUAGAACCGCACUGCACUGGGCUUGCUCUGCUGGACACACCGAUAUUGUGGAGUUUCUUCUUGACCUGGGAGUUGAAGUGAAUCUGCAAGAUGAUGCCUCAUGGACCCCUCUGCACAUUGCAGCAUCUGCAGGCAGAGCAGAUAUAGUGAGAGCUUUGAUAUCCAAAGGAGCUCAGCUGAACUCGGUUAAUCAGAAUGGAUGCACCCCUCUGCAUUAUGCCGCCUCCAAAGACAGAUAUGAGAUUGCCCUGUUGCUCCUGGAAAAUGGAGCAGACCCCAAUGCUACUGACAAGUUGGAGUCGACACCUCUUCACAGAGCAUCCGCCAAGGGCAACUACCGGCUCAUCCAGCUGCUUCUCAAACAGAGCGCAUCGACCAACAUCCAGGACUCACAGGGCAAUACACCUCUCCACCUCGCAUGCGACGAGGAACGAGUGGAAGCAGCCAAGCUGCUGGUGGAACACGGGGCCAGCAUUUACAUUGAGAACAAGGAGGAGAAGACCCCACUCCAGAUAGCAAAGGGCGGCCUGGGCAACAUACUUCGUCGGAUCGUGGAGGGAUGAUGCUUUGUCUGACACGCGUCUUGUUCCGGCUGAAAUCCCCACAAACUGCCAAGUUAUUCCAGUCAGUCCUCCUUAAGCGAUCUGGUGUGGAAGACUGGUGGAAGAUGAGAAGGUGGACUCUGAUGUUGCUUUGAAACAGCGCAGAUCUUAUUUGUUGGAUCAGAAACCCUGUCUCUGAGUGCAGGUUUUCAAACCCCGCAGGCAAUUUUUUUUUUUUUCUAUGAGAUUUAAAUUGUAAAUGUAAAACAUGAAGUUCAACCUGUUAAUAAAUUUGUUGUACAUGAA